GAUCGCGCGCACAGUCAGCCGUUUAAACAUCGCUCGCUCGCGCGGCGGUUGUGGGUAAUAUUCAUGGCGGAAAUCUGAGUCUGCUCUUGGGAAAAUAAAAUCUUCAGUUUUCUCUCUUUACACAUUGAAUACUUGGAUUAAUAUAAACCUUCACCUGCCGUGCAAGUGAAUAAACAUCAGUAAACUUAAGGGAAUGGCUGAAACAGGCUCAGAACAAACUGGUGACAUGAAACAUGACAGCUCUUCAUCUCCUGGGAUCUCCGAUCAAGAGAAGGAGAUGGCAACCAAUGCCUUUGAGGCCUUUAAGGCUGAAAAUUAUGACGAGUCCCUGAAACACCUUGACAACCUUCAGGAGUUGAACAAGGAGGACUAUAAGAUUGCAAUGAAUAAAGCGGUGGCUGAAUUUUAUAAAAGUGGACAGACAACAACCAGCACACUGAAGCAUGCGUUAAUGACCUUGAAGAAUCAGAUGCACACAACGGUAGAUGAUAUCGAUGGUUUGGAUGAUGUUGAAAACAGUAUCCUUUGCUACAAUCAAGCAGUUAUUCAUUACCACAUGCGACAGUAUUCAGAAGCUGUAGCCAUCGGGGAGAAACUCUAUCAGUUUCUUGAACCAUUCGAAGAAACGUUUGCUCAGUCCGUUUGUUUCCUGUUGGUGGAUCUUUACCUGCUCACCUUUCAACCUGAAAAGGCGCUACAUCUGUUGGCCAUGCUGGAGAAACUGACCGUAAAAGAAGGAAACCACAAGAAUGGCAAAGGAGAGAGCACAAAUAAAGACUCGGCCGCUCAGAAAGCAGAGUUCACAGCUAAGAUCGAGGCAGCCAAGUCAAAGAUGCAUCAGUAUAAAGUACGAGCGUACAUACAAAUGAAGUCAUUGAAGGCCUGCAAAAGAGAAAUCAAAUCUGUGAUGAACACAUCUGGAAAUUCUGCACCCUCCCUAUUCCUGAAGAGUAACUUUGAGUAUUUGAGGGGAAAUUAUCGUAAAGCUGUGAAACUCCUCAACAGCUCAAACAUCGCCGAGCAUCCAGGACCACUGAAGACUGGUGAAUGUGUGAGGUGUAUGUUCUGGAAUAAUCUGGGAUGCAUCCAUUUCGCCAUGGGGAAACACAACUUGGGUCUGUUUUACUUCAAGAAAGCUCUACAGGAGAAUGACAACACGUGUGCCCAGCUUGGGGAUGGCAGUAAUGGACAGGCAUCAAAAAAGUUUUUGGGGAUCCCCAUGUGCGCUCUGUUAGCCAAUAAACGCUAUGAGCUGCUGUAUAACUGUGGGAUUCAGUUGCUUCAUAUCGGCCGACCGCUGGCAGCAUUUGAGUGUCUGAUGGAGGCGGUGCAGGUGUAUCACUCGAACCCUCGACUGUGGCUCAGACUGGCAGAGUGCUGCAUCACAGCCAAUAAAGGGAGCUCAGAGCAAGAAACAAAGGGUUUGCCCAGUAAAAAGGGGAUUGUGCAAGCUGUUGUUGGGCAGGGCUACCAUCGCAAAAUUGUUCUGGCAUCACAGUCUACACAAAACACCAUUUACAGUGAGGGUCAGUCGUCAGCAAUCCCAGUGGCCAGUAUGGAGUUUGCGGCGAUCUGUCUGCGAAACGCUUUACUCCUGCUGCCAGAGCAUCAACAGUCUGACAGCAAAUCAGACAACGGCUCCAAGAGCUGCAGCCAAUCGGGCAGCACCGAGAGCUGCGGCGAGACCGGUGAUGCCUGCAGUGGAAAGACCCAAGAAGCAGACAAGUUUAUUCCUGCCACCCCAUCGUCACCAUUGAGAAAGCAGGAGGUGGAAAAUCUCAGGUGUGCGAUUUUAGCAUGCAGUGCGUAUGUGGCUCUUGCUCUUGGGGACAACUUAAUGGCUCUUAACCACGCAGAAAAGCUCCUACAUCAGACAAAACUGUCAGGAUCACUCAAGUUCCUAGGUCACCUAUAUGCGGCCGAAGCCCUGAUCUCACUGGACAGAAUCUCCGAUGCUAUCGCACAUCUUAACCCAGAGAACGUAACCGAUGUGUCUUUAGGCGUGUCGCCCAGCGAACAAGACCAAGGUUCUGAUAAAGGUGAUCUGGAUCCUGUUGAGUCCUCAGGGAAGCAGACUCCAUUAUGUUACCCCAGCUCAGUGAGUUCUGCCCGAGCCACGAUGCUUUUCAAUCUGGGCAGCGCGUAUUGCUUGAGGAGCGAGUAUGAUAAAGCACGCAAGUGCCUCCAUCAGGCUGCUUCAAUGGUGAACACUAAGGAGAUUCCUCCAGAAGCCAUUUUAUUGGGUGUUUACUUAGAACUGCAGAACGGAAACACACAUCUGGCCUUACAGAUCAUCAAGAGGAACCAGCUCCUCCCCUCCAUCAAGCCCGACUCCUCUCCCGACCUCCGCAAGAAACCUCCUCCCUUCCACUCAACACAGCCCAUACAGACACCCGCCCCCUUUACGCAAGUACAGCGCAAGUGAUUCACUCGCACAACCUCCCCCCCAAACACGCAGAAACACAUCUUAAAUAUUAUUUAUGAGGCUGCAGCAACUCCGCAGAAAGACGGACGGAUUGGAGACGUGGACCGAUUGUCUGUUAAAGACUGAUAGAAGUGUGUGUGUGUUGAGUUUUGGGGGUCUAUGAAAUUAUAAAUAAAUUUUAUUUACACUCGGUGGUGUGACGUUUAUGAGUGGAGACAAAGCACCACCUAUGAAGACCAAGUCUCCUGAGAGGAGAGAUUGACGUGACUGCAUGACCUCAAAAAAAAUCAUCAUUGGUCAUUGUUAUGAUCUUUUAGCCUAAAAUCAUGAACGCUCGUAGUAGGAUGAGAUUUUCCUCUUUUAAAGUGUAUAACUUUCUCUUCUACCGGUGCAUACAAACUCAAUAAUAAAUACUAAAUGUGCA